AUGGAAAGGGAGGAAGAGAGCAUCUGUAGCCAAGAAGUAGAUGCAGUUAGGAAUAAAAUUUUGGUGGAUGUCAUGAAGGAACAGUUGUAGGCAGAACCCAGAUGUAUUGUGCAGCAUCCAGGGUUUGAGGCAGUUUGCCUCAAUAUCUGGGUUCUGCAGACAGCUUGGCUACAAUACAAGCAGCAGUAUGGCUCUUCUGCAUAUGAGGGGCCUGAGCAUAAGAAAAACCGCCACAUUGCUUACAGGCAACUAGUCAGGUGGUGUUGGGGUACUCUGGGCAAAAAUAUCUGCAUCCCUUUGCCUUCUUGUGCUGUGAACUGCAUACAUGCCCACUUUCCAGAGCCCAACCAGCUGGAGGAGGACAUGGUUUUUACUGGUUUUACUUAUGCAGAUGAGUAA